CUGCACAGUUUCUUGUGAGCUCUCAACAGCAUUACAUCAGUUUUUUACUGUCUUCUAUUUGGAGAUACAUACAUUUUGAAAAAUGAAGAGCAUCUCCGUCGCCGUUUUGUUCGCCCUCUGCACCUUGGCCACAGCAGAGUGGAAAACGUGCUUCCGGACGAGAGGGGAAAGACAGUAUUUGCAACAGCUGAAAAAUCUAGAGAUGCCGUGCGGUGAACCCACUGAGCAACUAGUACUUUUGACAGUGCCAGAAGGGUAUGACAAGGUUGUUCCAGCCGUAACACGUGCUUCGCGCUGCAGUGGAUUCCUCUGUACUGAGAAAAAACGAUGCGUUGCUAUAGCCACCACUACAAAAGAUGUCAAGGUGGAACUGAAAUCUGGUGAAGAUACAAAGUGUGACUCCAUCCAAGUCGAAGAACACACGCAAUGCGGUUGCCAAUGCAUUAUCGGAAAAGAGCAGUGCAAGGAACAUGAGGAGUUUGACGAAGAAAAGUGCGAGUGCGGAUGUCCAGAAUCUGCCAAGACGAAAUGCACCACCCGCGGUGAUGCCUGGAGAUGGCAUGCCUCUACGUGUAGUUGCGUGUCUAUGGUGGAUGGAUCAAGUGCCAAGUGAAGAUUCACUGAGUCUCAAGAAUCAGGUUUAUAACUGCAGACCUGGUGGUUGAAAGUCAAGACAAUAGUGAUGCUGGUCAUCGUUAUGGAAAAGGCGUGGGUGGUGUUGAUGACUAUACAGAAUGGAAUCAUCGUCAUCUCAAAACCCUUCCAUGACGUCAUCGUGUUGCGAUCUCCCACAGAGGAUCAGUCAUCAAAAUGAUUCGACUCCAGAUUGGCGCCGAUGAGUGAUAGCCUAAAAGACGCCUUUUGAUUUACAUCUAUUCAAGGGAUUCGCUGCUUCAUCUGGGCGGCACUUUUGAUUCCUGCCUUUUAAUAACACCUGCUUAGUUGAUGGAGUAUCUGUGUCACCGCUUGCGGCUGCUGGGUUAUCUGGGGCCAUUCUGUCUGGCUUACGCCAUGCGGUGACCACGUAACCGAUGUUCUCAAACCUUGGGUUGUGUGCUAUAGUCAUAAUUUUACUUUUCCAUGCUUGAGGGUAGACUCAAGCCCACUUUCCAUCCCUAACUUAUUUUUCAUCGCUUUUAUUUAUUUGUCAAUAAUAAAUAAUUAAUUGUUAUUGAUUAUACAUAUGUAUAAAUAUUAGGUUUUAUUUAUUGAUAUUUAUUAUUUAUAACUUAGCCAUAUGUUCAAAUCUAUUUAUUGUCUACAAUGUAGACACAAUAUAUAUUUUCGUAUGUGUGAAUGUCAGCAAAAAUUGAAUGAAAUAAAAAUACAAUACUUUAUC